GCCUCCCAAGACAAGUGUGUUGUUGCUGCAGCAGUGGAAAAGCAGCUGCAGAGUAGUGAAGAUGCCAGAGUCAAAGCCGAAACCUGAGCAAGUGCAGCUCCUCAAGGUGACUUCAAAGAACAACUUUGACUUUGUGCUGCGCUGGGUCUCCGUCUCUAGCUUUGUUGGCCAGCCGCCAACAAAGAAAGAGGUUCAGGCGGCACUAGCUGUGAUCAACAAGGAACACCGUCUAAAUGCAUUUGACAGCAAAGAGGAUGAAGAGGACUGGUUGGAAACCGAGAGUGGCCUGCACAGAGGUUGCGCCAGUUACGUGACCAUGCGGACGAGGAAAAAUCCCAACUGUAGGCUUGGACACAAAGAUAUGGACACCCUGAAGAAGGCUUGCGAGCUUGCCAAGAAGGCUGGAUCUGCGUCAGCUGCUUCGUCCAAACCUGAGACAUCAAAGGCAGCUUCUGUCUCAUCGUCCAUGGACUCCGAGACUGAUAUUUGGGUUGAACAUAUCCAUCCAAUGAACCAAGAAGAUGAGGAUCCACCGACAAAAACAAGUUCUGAGAAACGUGAAACUUUUCAGAAGAAGCAGAGGAAUUGGCGCUUGAGAUCUGGCAAAGCAAAUAUUGAUGAGGAAUACAUCGACAAAGUCACAAAGGGCACCCAAAAAGAGUUGUUUCCGGAUGUUGAGUCCAAGCAAUCGAAUGUCUCAGAUGACAAGGGGCAAGGAUUCAACAAUAAAGAUAUGGAUGAUGCUGAUCAAGAUGAUCUCAAAGGGCAUGCUGGCACCUUUAAGGACGGAAAGGCCUUAUGUGUACCAACCACUCUUCCCAGUGCAGCGGCUGAAGCAACCAAGCAGCUUCUCGAGCGUGAGAACAGUCUGCAAGAAGGAGAUCUUCGUGAGGCCUGGCUGUUUACAACUGGAGCCCUUGAUAUUUUUUACAACGUGAGCCACAGGCGCAAAGAGUCCUACGCAAAGCAGCACGAGAGCCGGAAAAUGAAGGGGAACGGGGAGAAGAGUCAUCCCAAUGUUCUGAUCAUGGCCAGGAACUGGACCAUUGCUUCGCCUGAGGACGGACUUCAGUCGAUUGGUUGUGUGUCAGUGGCUCAGUAUGGUGGGAAGCUGCCAAAGAGUUGGCAGGGUGGCCUGUGGAUGUCGAUUGAGCAUCCAAACCUGGCCGACUGGGGUUGUGAUCUGGAGUUCCCCAUAGGCGACACAUCAAAAUUGGACUGCAGAGGUUGUCAGAUCCUCAGUUUGGCACUGCCAGUGGAAGCUUUGGUCAAGACUUGCAAAUUCAAGCAUGCAGACCUCAAAGAGGUUCGUGAGCCAUCUGAUGGUGCAGCUUUGGAUACUCAAGAGGAACCAGGCAAAGGCUUCUCAGGUGUUGAAGAGGCCCGCUAUGGCUAUCACUGUUUGGAACAAUAUUUGGUCUUGACAGAGGACGAAGAGGUACAGGAGGAAGAGAAUCUCAUGACUGACAUGUUUCGCUGCAAAGAUGGUGGAUCCAACGAUGGCAGUACUUCAAGUGAUGAGACUGACAGCAGUAGCCAACCGAAGAAGAAAAAAAAGAAAACCACUGGCAAGAAAGGCAAGAAGUCGAAAGCUAGCAAGAAGAAGACCACUAAGAAACAGAAGAAGUCAAAGAAGUCAAAAAAAACAAAGAAGGAUGAUGAUGAUAGCGAAGACCCAGAGAAAGCAAAGAUUGCAGAUCUUGAAAAAAAGAUUCGCAAGGCAAUCGCUGAUGUCACCAAGAAGAUCAAAAACUGCAAUGUGGAGUUGACCAAAUCUGCCAACUGGAUACACCAAUUGGUCUUCCUCCUACCAUUCACAAGCUGGGCAGCUACAGCCGAUUUAAUCGUGCUAGAGAUUUUCGACGUGCUAUGCUACUACUUUGUGACCUAUGCUUCUUCGGAUGCUCUGUGCAUUCUGGCGUGGCUGUCAGAUUGCCUAGCCAUUGCGGUCAAAAAAGAUGGACUCUCUGAACAGAAUGUUUCUGGCUAUGGAAUCUUCGGGCCGGAGGUUUACCAUAUCGACUAUGCCCUUAAGCGUGGGUCAAAACCUGCCCCGGCCAUGAUGCGUGCCCUGCACGCCCUGGGGUUGAAUGAAGAAUGGGAUCAGAUCCCUGAAGUCCGUAGACGGGUUUUGGCUGGCAACAUGUUCCUGAAGCAGCCUGACCAGCCUUGGGCCUUGCCAACCCGUGACAAUGCCAAGUUGAACAAAGAGGACCCUGAGUUUCACGAGUUGCUGCUGGCUUUGGAUCCUACUCUUGAGGAGUUCAUCCGAGAUUACAUGUCCACCCGGGUGCCAGUUGCCCAAGUACCAGCAGCCCCAGCCGAUCCAGCCGAUGAUCCCUUUGCAGCAGACGAGGAUCCGGAGAUGCAAGGUGAUUUCGAUGCCUUCACGAAGUGGUUGAACGAGUCCUUGGCUGAUGCCGAGGUGGUGAACUUGGGGAACCCAGCGUCAGGCAGCACAGAAGAUUCUGAAGUACCUGCUGGAGCAUCUGCCCCAGCUGGACCACCUGGCCCACCUGCAGAUGCUGCCGGAGAAUCUGAGACCCCUUCUAGUGAUCCCAAGGGUGCAGCUGCCCCUGCUGAUCACCCUGCUACCUUGCCCAAGGAAAAUCCUGCACCUGAAGUUGCUGAUUCUUCUUCCGGCAAGUGCAGUGCGAUCGAGCUUUUGCGAGCAAAGAUUGCUGACAAGAAGAAGGACCUUUUGCAGCGGGUGAACAAGACCGAGAACAAUGGCACUGCUGCAAGCCAAGAGUCAGUGCCUUCGAGCUCUGCAGGUUCCAAGCCUACGGGGACUGAACCAUGCCCUGACUGGGCUGACACCUUGCCCAUGGACAUUGACUUGAUUCCUGAUCUUUCUGCAGUCCCAGCGUCAAAGUCUUUGCCCGAUGCCUUUGUGCCAGAAGUUCCAGAUUCCCAACCACGCAGUGACUCACCUUGCGUGGAUGACAAGCCGGACAAGACUGGGGGAGAUGAUGUGCUCACACGUCGUCACCAGCUGUGCUUGAAGGAGACUUUGGAGAAUGAGAUGAAGGACAAGGCCAAGCUGAGAGAGCAGGGGCUGGGGAAGGGAGAAGGCAAGUCAAAGGCUGCUCACCCAAUCAAGCCUAAGCCUGGUGCAAAGGCUAAAGCGGCAGGCAAAGCCAAGGCAAAGGCAGCAACAACUCGUGGCAGGAAGCGGGUCGCUCCUCCCACAACCCCUCUGGCCACGAAUGAUCCUUCAGAUGAGGAACCUGACCUGGAGCGGGAUAUUGAAGCUGAGAUGGAAGCAGUGGCAUCUGAGGGGAGCAGGGAGGCUGCCCGUACUGAUGACGGAGGUGAAAAAGUUGAAACCCCCCGCAAAAAACUUUUUGACGAUGAGACUGGUGAGGGAUCCGAGCCUGCUGGGCCUGGCCGUGGCCGCAAGACCAGGAAGGCCAAGGCCAAGGCUCAGCCCAAGACUGCAGCCAAGGCACGUGCCAAGGCCAAGGCGAAGUCCACGCCAGCUCCCACUGAUGAUGCUGAUGCUGGUGCCUCAGAUCCACCCAAGAGGAAGAGACAGAGGCGAUCCGCUACUCAGCCUGUUGACGAGUUCAAUUUGGAGGACCUAGAGAUCCAGAAGACUAUCAGUGCUGACUUCGAGAAGUUGUCUGGGUGGGAGUUCGAAGACUUGAAAAACUUUCUGAUCACGGACCAGAAGCCCAAGCUGAACAAUGUCACCAUCAUGCCCUACUGGUCCCGGUGUGCAGUUGGUUUGAAGUGGCACUUGAUCCCUGGGAAUUCCCAAGUUGCCUACUUUGCCUACAAGGCUCAGUGGCUUGACUUCCAGAAGGUGAUUGACUCCGAACAGGAGAUCCGGACUCAGGAUACCACAUCCUUUACACAGUUCUUGGCCAAGAUUAAGUUCAAUGCAGCCAAGGCCAGACCAAUGCCUCAGAGCUUGCGAGGCGUGAAGUGGGCAAUCAAGGUGUUUGUCUUAGCUGUCAGCCUCGCAUCGUUUACGGAGAUUCCCGCACUGAAGGGUGAGGACUGCUUCGAGUGCUAUGAGUUUUUUGCUGGACGAGCGCUGCUGACAAAGACACAGCAGUGGUCAGGCAAGAGGGCCAUCCGCUUCGAUCUCCUGUACCAAAAGGAAAACAUCAAGGGUGCCCUCCAGCCAUCCAGCCAAGGGCAAUAUUGCUGGCUCUCCUUUGCAUUGCUCUCAACGGUUUUCAGAGCCAGCUGGUACAUGUUGCAUUAUGGCGGCCCUACGCCCAAGCGCCACUACUGCUACUCCAAUAGCCGCCACAUUGGCAAGCUCUGGAGGGGGAGGGAAUAUCCUGGACCUUUUGGUUUGAAGAUGGUUGAUCUCUAUGAAUCCCUGGUCCAUGAGAAGGAAGGCUGCCCGAUCCUACCCGAUGUUGUUCCUCCAUCCACGGAAGCCUUCAGCGAGAUGGAGUGGGGCGACGAUGCUGACUCCUCAUGGUCCGAAUCAAAGAUCGUGGAGGUCGCAGCCAGGCAUGAACUCGAGGAGAAGGAGAUUGAGAAACUUGAACGGGAAGCCGGGAUUGCUGUUCAGAAGGUGGCUACUCCACAGAAUGGACAUCGCCCAGCUGCUGUGGUCCCCGUGGUGGAGUUGGAAGACACUCUACCGGCUACUGAUGAAGAGUUGCGGGCUAUGAAAGCCACACCCAUGUCUCCCCAGUCAGUUGCAACUACAGAUGCCACUGGUACUCCAGGACAGGUGGAUCCGACCAAGGCCAUUGAGCUCUUGAUGAAGCAAGUGGCCGGAGCUGGUCACGCAGAUGCCAAACCGGAUGCCGGGGGUGAUGCCAAGGCAGCCCCAAGUGAUGCUUUGAGACGUAGGAACGCGUUGAAAGCUAAGCUUAGACGACAAUGCGAAGAGAAGAAGGGCGGAAAGCUCUUGGUUCCGAAGUGGUUGCACGACAUGUGGCGAACAGGCAACAAAGAUGAGUUAGCGUCGACUUUUGAAAAAUGCAAUUUCAAUACCGAUCAGUUCGUCAAUGUUUGCAAGCAGAUCCACACGAAGAAGGAGGCCAAGAAAAGCACAAUUGCUGAGGGCUGGUAUACCAGAGAAGAGAUGGCAAAGGUUUUGCACUGGAAUGCGAAGCGAAUUGAAGGGGCCGUCAAGGUUUGCCGAGGAGAUUCCAGGUUGAUCAGGAAGAACCAAUAUUCAGGGGAAGAUGAAUUUUGCGUCGAAGUCCGCGAGAGCGGAAGCCGAGAGCAAGAGGAAGUCAACGAACAGCAGCGUGAAGAAGUGGCAGAUAUGGGAGCCCCUGAUAUUUCUGGAGUUCUUGAAGUUGCAGAGAGAAUGAAUGCUCGUGGCUCUAUGUCCUGCAGCGAAGCCAGUGAAGCCAUUUCUUCGAAAGAGACCUUCCGAAAGUUCUGUGAUUCCGUGCUGACAAAGUGUGCCAAGAUUCGUGGCCUCAUCGCGGAUCUCACUAAGAAUUACCCGGAAGAUCCAACAGCCAAGAAGUCAAUUGUGGCACUUGAGAAGGACCUUGAAACCUUGGAUGCCGAAUACAACCUUCUCAGUGAUUGCAUGGCGAAGGGAGAACAGAAUGAGUUCAAUCCUGCGUGCACCAAGGUUGCACAAAACGAAGUCAAGAUCAGGAAUGCGAAACGCUACUUCAAGAAGAGCGGGCCAAAGGCGGCCCUUGGCCCUUACGCAUGGGAGCCACAACGCGAGAGACCACCCAAGGCCAGUAGCUCCUCGCAGAUUCGCACAGCGCAAGCCGUGAGGGAAGAGCUGGGGGAAGUGGCGGCAAGUGGUUCUGGUGUUUCAAAAUGGGAGAAGCACCUGGCCCCACAAGUUUGGACUCAAUUUUGGUCUAACUACGGCACUUUGAACCCUCACUUUGGCAUAUUUGCAAUGGGUGUUGAUUUAUCAAGAACGACUGCCUUCUUCAUUCAUGGGGAUGAGGGGCGUACUCUGAAAAGAGCUGCACUGAUGGUCACCACUUUGCAAAGCGCGCUGGGAUAUGGUUUUGGGGAAAAACGAUUGAAAGUGCCUCUCCCUGAAGCUUUCAAGUUACGGGUCAACUACACUGGACACACUUUGACUACACGGUUUGUUGUGAGCACAAUGCCCAAAAGUUGUUAUGACAACACACCACAAGUUUUCCAAGCGUUCUUGGAUACUUUGGCUCAGUGCUUGCGAGACCUCAGUGAUGAAGGUAUUGUGGAUCCGUUGACGGGUGAAAGAUACAGAAUUUGUGUGAUUGGAUGCAAAGGAGACCUGCCAUACUUACAGAAGACCGGCAACCUGGUUCGUGCUUUCAACACUGGUGUAAAGCGAGGCAAAGAGGCCAAGAAACCAAAGGGUGUGUGCCACCUAUGUUUGGGUGGGACUUCUGACGACUACCCAGCGGAGGAGAUACAAACACGCGAUCCUCGUUGGUUGCAAACAGUGGCUGUACAGUUGCCUUGGGAAAUUACACCACCUUUCAUUCAGCACAUGCAUCAUGACGUGUCAGACCCUGCCGCAUUCUUUAUGCCAGACCUGUGGCAUAAUUUUCACCUUGGAGUGGGAAAGGCAUACGUAGCCUCUGUGGUCCAACUUUGUCUUACCUUUGUCCCGGCCCCAAACCUCGAAGCGAAAUGGGCUUGGCUUUCAGCUCACUACAGGGCAUUUUGUCAGGGUGAGAAGAGACAGCCUCACAUCACGAAGUUGACGGGAUAUUUGAUGAGUUAUGGUGAUAAAACUGGUGCAAUGGGCGCAUGGUCCAAAGAAGCUCUAACAACAUGUUUUGUCAAAUGGUUACCAGCUCUUAUUGCUGCUUUGCCGGAUGAUGAGCAGGGGUACUUGAAAGAAUGUGCUGAUGCUGCACGACACAUGAACGCGCUGUUUGGCUCUCUCUUUACUGCAGCAGCAUUUCUUGAUGCAAAUGAGG